CACGUUCAAAGUCAAGGUGAAGGUCGUAGAAAAUGGCUGAUCUGCAAAGAGAGUUUCUGUCAAGCUCUGCUGCUUGGAAAGCAUUGCAGGAGACUUACAGUAAAAAUGGCUCAAGUAUCAGCAUGCCGCAGAUGUUCAAGCAGGAUUCGGACAGAUUUAAGAAAUACAGCAUUACUCUAGGAACCAAAGAAGGGGAUCUCCUUUUGGACUUUUCCAAGAACUUGAUUAAUGAUGAAGUCUUUCAACAACUUCUGCAGUUGGCGCGAGAUCGACAAGUGGAGAAAAUGAGAACUGCCAUGUUCGGUGGGGAGAAGAUCAACUUCACCGAGAACAGGGCAGUCUUGCACAUCGCUCUCCGAAACAGAUCCAACACACCAAUCAUGGUGGAUGGCAAAGAUGUGAUGCCUGAGGUGAAUGCAGUGUUGAAGCACAUGCGUGAGUUUACCACCGAGGUGAUCUCUGGCCAGUGGAAGGGCUACACAGGGAAGUCUAUCACUGAUGUGGUCAACAUUGGCAUUGGUGGAUCGGAUCUGGGUCCCUUGAUGGCCUAUGAGGCUCUGAAGCCAUUUAAGAUCGGCCCCAAUGUCCACUUCGUGUCCAACAUUGAUGGUACUCACCUGAGUGAAACUGUCCAGAAACUGAACCCAGAAACAACUCUGUUCAUCAUCGCCUCCAAGACCUUCACCACCCAGGAGACCAUCACCAACGCCACCUCCGCCAAACUAUGGUUCCUGGCAACAGCCAAAGACGAAAAAGCUGUGUCUAAACACUUCGUAGCCCUCUCUACAAAUGGGCCCAAAGUGAAGGAUUUCGGAAUUGAUGAGAAGAACAUGUUUGAAUUCUGGGACUGGGUUGGUGGACGUUACUCUUUGUGGUCAGCCAUUGGACUCUCCAUUGCUCUGUCUAUAGGCAUGGAUAACUUUGAACAACUGUUGGAAGGAGGUCAUUUCAUGGAUCAACAUUUCACUUCUGCACCUCUAGAGCAAAAUAUUCCAGUUAUCCUGGCACUCCUUGGCGUUUGGUACAGCAACUUCUACAAGUCGGAAUCCAUUGCCCUGCUGCCAUAUGACCAGUACAUGCACCGGUUUGCAGCAUAUUUCCAGCAGGGUGACAUGGAGAGCAACGGCAAGUACGUGACACGGAGUGGAAAGCGUGUGGACUACACCACCGGCCCAAUUGUGUGGGGAGAACCAGGAACAAAUGGACAGCAUGCAUUCUAUCAACUCAUCCAUCAAGGAACCCGCCUGAUUCCCUGCGACUUCCUGAUGCCGGUGGAGACCCACAAUCCGAUACAGGACGGCCUCCACCAAGAGAUCCUGCAAGCCAACUUCCUGGCACAGACAGAGGCUUUAAUGAAAGGCAAGACCCGAGAAGAGGCGGAGGCUGAACUGAAGACGUCUGGCAUGGCGGCUGAAAAGAUUGCUCACAUCCUGCCCCAUAAGGUGUUUGAAGGCAAUCGUCCCAGCAAUUCCUUCAUCUUCCAGAAACUCACACCCUUCAUGCUUGGAGUUCUCAUAGCCAUGUAUGAAAUGAAGAUCUUCACCCAAGGUGUCAUCUGGGAUAUCAACUCUUUUGAUCAGUGGGGCGUUGAGCUGGGCAAGCAGCUUGCCAAGGUGAUCCAGCCAGAACUGAGAGGCCCUAACCCAGUGAACACUCAUGAUUCCUCCACUAAUGGGCUUAUCAACUUCUUCAAAUCUCACAGGAAGUGACUACAGUUACCUCCCAUAGCUAUGACCUCCACUGAGGUCAAACCAGACUGUCCUUAUCCAUGUAACCUUUGAAGUACUCCUACAGGGUAGAAUGUCUUUGCACAUUUGUUAAGUUUCACCUUAUUCUACGCACUACUCUUAUCAAUUUACGCCAGAGAUCACAUACUAACUUAAAAUACUUCUUUGUUUCUUACCUUCUUUCACCAGCUCAAUCUAACUGUGCACAUUUCCUCAUUCAGAAUAUUCAUUCUGUAAACAUUGUGAUAAUUUGAGAAAAGAUUUUGUAAUGGUUUUAGAUUAUUAGGAGCAGAUAUCUGAAUGUUUUAUUUAAUACAAUCAGUGCUAUUUGAUGGAAUACUAGAUAUAUUUUGUUGUAUAUUUUUUAUGAAAUCCACCGAAAGGGCUAAAACCACUUAAGUUGAUUAAAUGAAUUAACAAUUGACAACUUUUGUUGAUAUCAACCAUCAGCUAGUUGAUCUAACCAAAGCUUUUGUUAUCACAACAUCCAUCAACUAAAUCAUCCAACCAGCGGUUGACAACUACAGUUGAUCAAAUCAACCAUCAACUAGUUUUUCAAGUCAACUGUCCUCCAAGAAGGCAAGCAGUCAUUUGUGACUGUCAGUUGCAUUUAUGUAGGUGGUGUAGGGCAUUGGAAGAUAUGGCAUUUAUCAUUGGGUAGAGGUUUAGAAUAAUGCGGCUUGUUUUUCAGCUUCAAGCAUAACAGACUAAUUCCAGAUGUAUCCAUGGCUUGUCUCUCGUGUUAACUGUCUCGUUCAUGUCAGUUUGUGAUUGCAGGGACAUCAUCAAAAGUCUGUGAGAUUGCUAGUUUGAAAAUUAAAAAUAUUAAAAUUUAAAAACCAAAAUGCAGGAUGUGAUGUACAUGACAUACAGAAUGGAUGCAGUAAUGACUGAUUCUAGCCGAUGAAGACCUUUGCAACUGGUGUGGGACGAUGUGGUAGGGAUGGGACGAUUCAUCAGCUGCCAAUAUGACUAAGGUGUUGUCGGUUGACGUAUUGAUUUGUGGAGUUGCUUAGUUAUUGAUAAACCGCAACGUGGCUGUCUGCAGGAAAUUUGAUUACAUUUACUGCGGUAGUUUCACUCAUGAAAUUAUCAGUUUGUGUCAUUCUUACUGUAUCAUGAUACAUAUUGUAUCAAGAUAUGAAUUUGUGUAUCAUCCUGGCCCCAUGUACACAUGAUAGCUUACAGAAUCUCACCGUUGGCAGUUUCAUGUAAUUAUAAAGUGCAGAUGUGAUGUUAUUGUAAAGAGCCAAAGAGGCUUCCUGUUACUGCCUGUUCAAAAAAGUUUAGAAGUCACUGUUACCUGCAAUAAACUGAGUGGGAAAUCA